AGCUUCACGCUUUGUUUGGUCUCACGUUGCUGCAUGCUUUGACAGCCCUAGUCAGUAGUCAGUCACAGAGAAUUUAUAUUUCUUAAAUAACUGGUUAACCUUAAUUAUACUUAAGCUUUAACUCAGUAUCUAACUCAGUUCUACGUGUGCUUUUCUAUUAUUUCCUAAAACAGGAAUGAUGAUUUGUCAAAUUAGCUUCAACGGUUAACGUUAAUCCAACUUUCUAACCUUGACUGAAUUUGAUCACGGUCGAACUAACGUCACGUUAAUGCGAAAAUAUAGAGUUUAAAAUAUAUGAUGUUACGGAAUAUUUGUAGGCAUCACAGACAAUUUGGCCGGGUCAUUUGGCCAUUUUCUCAAGGGCAUCAUGUUCCUAGCUUAUCAACACACCAACAAAAGGCAAAAUAUGCCAGUGCCAUAACGGAAAGGAAGAAGUUCUACGAGAACGUCUCGAUAUCUCAAGUAGAUGGGGGUUUGUUUGAAAUAAACCUUGACAAGCGAAAGCUGAAGACUCCAGGUGGAAAGCUGUUCACAGUUCCCAAUGAAGCUCUUGCCAUAGCUGUUGCAACAGAGUGGGACGUUCAGAAGGAAACACUGAAGUUUUACACCAUGCACCUAACCACACUUUGCAACACAGCUCUUGAUAACCCAACACAAAGGACGAAAGAACAAAUAAUCUCAGCAGCUUUAAAGUUUUUGGAGACUGACACUCUCUGUUACAGAGUAGAAGAACCUCAAGGUCUUGUGGAACUGCAGACAAAUGAAUGGGAGCCUGUACUGAACUGGAUAGAACAAAGAUACAAUGUAGUCAUUGGCUCAUCCUCCAAUAUAAUGGGCCCUCAAAUCCCAGAAGAGACUAAGGCGACAUUUCGUCAACACCUUCAAUCCUACAAUUUUUGGUCUCUGACAGGGCUUGAGUAUGUGAUCACUCAGCUGAAAUCCUUGAUCUUGUCCUUUGGGCUGAUUGACAGACACCUAAGCGUGGAACAAGCGGUUCUGCUGUCCAGACUUGAGGAAGAAUACCAGAUCCAGAGCUGGGGAAAUGUGGAAUGGGCCCAUGAUUAUGACAUGUAUGAGUUGCAGGCACGAACAGCUGCUGGUGCAAUGUUUGUGCAUCUGUCUUCUGAAAGCACAGCCGUUAAAAGAAAAAUUUUACAGGAUUGAAAAGGCCAAAAAGGCCCUUUAUGGGACUGAAACAGAUUUUUUUGUUAUCUGUCUUUGUUUAUUAUUAUUUUUUUUUUUUACAAUAAGCAGCGGUGACACCAGUCACCUCCCAACCAGUAAAACAUGUUGCUGUCCAGUUAUGUUGUGAGCAAUAAUAUAGAUGUCUAGGUCAUGAUAUGUAUUUGUAGUUAUAACAGCUUCUGCAUGUCAAAACUGUAAAUGCGUAAUCCUAGAAUGUUAAUUUCAGUUUAAUGAAAAAGUUCAGCAAAUGUUAGAAACAAAAACAAAAAUUGGAGUCUGAUAAAUUACUAUCAUGUGCAAAUGUC